GAAUUCGAGAAAUCAAUGAUAGCUUUCGGGAUGUUUAUGAUUUCAGGAAAGUGUCCAGUACGGGAACUCGAGUUUGGAAAAUUGGCUUUGGAAAAUGUAUAUUCAGAAAGUCGAACGUUCAGAGGCUUGCCACUAGGUGA